CCUAGCCAGAUUACUUAGCAUUAUACAUUACCGAAUACGUCUUGGCUUCAUAAUUAUAGUUAAGCCACUGAUUAAAUACGAAAGAUGAUUCACGAUCGUAGAAUACUAUUUGUAGUCAUAUUAUCUGUAAUCAUUCUUAAUGUUGAAAAGUAUGAUUGCUUUCCACUUGCUGAAAAUGAUGUAAAAGAUGCUCGAGUUUUCAUCACAAUAUCUUCCUUACUUCGUCCCGAUAACGUUACAAAUCGGAUUAUUGAAAGGAACAUAGAACUAAAUUGGAUCAUUUUAGACGAUGAAUUAGUUCAAAAUAACGAUCUCUGGGUUGGUUUAUACACCGAAGAACCAAACUCAAAUUCAAUUCCUGUAGCCAAAGUUUACAUCAAUGGAGAAGGGGAAGGUUCUUUUACAACCGACAUCUCUUAUCCUCGUUACAUUUUAAACAUAACUAAAGAAAACGAUUACUGUAUGGGAUAUUGGAUAGCUUUAGUUAAAAAUAAUAAUAUAUUAGUAAAAAAUUGCUAUUACGCCAGGCCAAAUUGGAUGUACGAAAUGAAAUAUACCAUUGGGUUUAACUCCUUAUCUGAUUUGAUGAUACCAGGGACACAUGAUGCAGGUUCUUACUUAAGAGAAAAUAGAAGUCAGGAAACAUUCAAAUCAGCUAUGUUUAUGUGCCAAGACGAAGACAUUUGGAACCAGCUUAUGUACGGGAUUCGUUUUUUAGAUCUCAGAGUUACUUAUAGAAAUAUCAAGGGAAAUCCAGAAGUGUUUUGGAUAACGCAUUCCCUUAUCAGAAUGAAUUUAACCGUGAGAGAAGUUUUAAGGACCGUAAAAAAAUUUUUAGAAUCUACGAAUGAAAUUGUCAUCAUAGAUUUUCAUCGUUUUGUUUUUUUACUUAACGAUGAACCUAAAACGUACAAAAAACUGAUGGAAAUGAUCGAAAACGAAGUUGGACAAUACGCGGUUCCUAGAAGUUAUGGUUACAAAACAACAUUAAACGAAUUGUGGAAGGAGAACAAGAGAUUAAUCAUAGGUUUCAACUCUUUUCAUGCAGGAGAAAGCAUUUUGUUCUUUCCUGGAGUGACACAUCUUUGGGCUAAGACUGAUAAUUUGAGAAGCUUGAAAAGGUAUUUUGAUAAUAACGUAUGCUCUCAGCCCAAAAACAAAUUAUGGUCGGCAAUGGCCGAAUUGACGCCCCAAUGGCCGUCAUACUUAUCGAUAUGGUCUAGGAGUCUUAGAGAAAUGGCUCAAGAAGUUAAUCUAGAAAUAACGCGAUGGUUCCGAAAUCGUUUCUGGAACUGCGCUAAUAUUGUUUCCACCGAUUUCUUUCUUGGUAACGAUAUUAUUAAUAUAGCUAUAGAGUCAAAUAAAAGGCGAUUUGACGUGUAAUUCAAUUUCUUAUUUUAUUUUCGAAUGGAAUUUAAACUAAUGUCAAAUUAACAUAAAUAU